UCUUCUUCUUCUUCUUCUUCUUGGUCCCCGGUCCUGGUCAACUAUUCGGUUAUAUAGUCGGCCAUGGAGCAAUCUUAUAUUCUCGCGCCGGCGGAAGUGCUGAAGCAUUUCGACGUCACUGAACGAUCUGGUUUAUCUAGCGCCCAGGUCUCUCACUCAAGACAGAAAUAUGGUCCAAAUGCGCUCGCGGAAGAACCACCAACUCCUCUAUGGGAGCUUGUGCUCGAACAGUUUAAGGACCAGCUCGUUCUUAUACUUUUAGGCUCAGCAGCUGUUUCAUUCGUACUGGCUCUUUUCGAAGAGAGUGACGACUGGACUGUCUUCGUCGACCCUGCGGUGAUCUUGACCAUCCUCAUCCUCAAUGCGAUUGUCGGCGUGACCCAGGAAAGCAGCGCUGAGAAGGCAAUUGCCGCUCUGCAGGAAUACUCCGCGAACGAGGCCAAAGUGGUCCGGGAUGGUGUGGUUCAGCGCAUCAAGGCGGAGGAUCUGGUACCUGGAGAUAUCGUUCAUGUUGCGGUUGGGGACCGAGUCCCCGCUGAUUGCAGACUCCUCGCCAUCCACAGCAACAGCUUUCGGGUAGACCAAGCUAUCCUUACGGGCGAAAGCGAGAGUGUAGCCAAAGACACUCGUGCGGUCAGUGAUAGGCAGGCUGUUAAGCAGGACCAAACCAACAUCCUCUUCUCGGGUACCACCGUUGUUAAUGGAAAUGCCACAGCGGUGGUGGUUUUGACUGGUUCAUCGACUGCGAUUGGUGAUAUUCAUGAAAGCAUCACAUCCCAGAUUUCAGAGCCGACGCCGCUAAAGCAGAAGUUGAACGACUUCGGUGAUAUGCUGGCCAAAGUCAUUACGGUGAUCUGCAUUCUGGUUUGGGUCAUCAAUAUCGAACACUUCAACGACCCUUCUCAUGGCGGUUGGGCCAAAGGCGCCAUCUAUUACCUCAAGAUCGCAGUCUCCCUUGGAGUGGCCGCUAUCCCGGAGGGGUUGGCCGUCGUCAUCACCACCUGUCUCGCUCUUGGGACUCGUAAAAUGGCCCAGAAAAAUGCCGUGGUCCGCUCGUUGCCUUCUGUUGAAACUCUCGGAAGCUGCAGUGUGAUUUGCUCUGAUAAGACGGGGACUCUCACCACCAAUCAGAUGAGUGUCGGAAAGAUCGUCUACUUGAGCCAGUUGGGAACCGGCGUUGAGGUCAUCGAUGUUGAAGGCACAACUUUUGCGCCUGAAGGCAGCCUUUCAUACAACGGCCAGGUCGUUACGAACCUGGCGGCCUCUUCUUCGACCAUACGACAGAUGGCUGAGGUUAUGGCUCGUUGCAACGCUGCUGCGAUCGCCUAUGAUGAGAAGACUGGUACAUUCUCGUGCAUUGGCGAGCCCACCGAGGGAGCCUUACGUGUCCUCGUCGAGAAGAUUGGCACUGACGAUGCUGCUAUGAAUGAUAAGCUUCUCAGCUUGCCCGCUUCGCAAAAGCUUCACGUUUCAAGCGCCUAUUAUGAAUCUCGUCUGCCUCUGCAGGCUACUUAUGAGUUUUCCCGGGACCGAAAAAGCAUGUCCGUUUUGGUAGGUACUGGAAGUAACCGGAGACUUCUUGUCAAAGGUGCUCCUGAAUCUAUCCUCGAGCGUUGCUCUUACGCCCUCCUUGGUCCGAACGGUGCCCGCGUGUCCCUGACUAAAGCCCACCUUGAUCUUUUGUCGUCUGAGGUCGUGGAAUACGCAAGCCGUGGUCUUCGUGUGAUCGCCCUGGCAAGCGUCGAUGACGUCGGCGCGAACCCCCUUAUUCACAAGGCUAGCACGUCUGAAGAGUACGCGCAGCUAGAACAGAACAUGACCCUCAUUGGCCUUGUCGCCAUGCUUGACCCGCCUCGCGUGGAGGUUGCCGAUUCAAUCAAGAAAUGUGCAGAAGCCGGUAUCCGUGUGAUUGUCAUUACUGGUGAUAACCAGAACACCGCAGAGUCCAUUUGUCGUGAGAUUGGUGUUUUUGGCAAAGACGAAGAUCUUAAAGGCAAGAGUUUUACUGGGAGGGAGUUCGACAGCCUCUCUCAUAAUGAACAACUCGAGGCCGUCAAGAGCGCAUCGCUUUUUUCACGUACUGAGCCCUCUCACAAAUCUAAGCUCGUUGAUCUCUUGCAAUCUCUUGGCCAUGUGGUCGCGAUGACUGGCGAUGGCGUUAACGAUGCCCCUGCUCUGAAGAAGUCCGAUAUUGGUGUCGCCAUGGGUACUGGCACUGACGUGGCAAAGCUCGCGGCUGAUAUGGUUCUUGUGGAUGACAACUUUGCAACUAUCACCACUGCCGUUGAAGAGGGACGAUCGAUCUACAGCAAUACCCAGCAAUUCAUUCGAUACCUUAUCUCGUCCAACAUCGGUGAGGUUGUGUCUAUCUUCCUGACUGCCGCUCUCGGUAUGCCUGAAGCUCUUGUCCCUGUGCAGCUUCUAUGGGUCAACCUGGUGACCGAUGGCUUGCCUGCCACUGCCCUGUCAUUCAAUCCCGCCGACCAUGAUGUGAUGCGACGACCCCCGAGAAAGCGCGAUGAGCCGCUUGUUGGCGGCUGGCUGCUCUUUAGAUAUCUAGUGAUCGGUACCUAUGUCGGUGCAGCUACGGUAUUUGGCUACGUCUGGUGGUUCCUCUACAACCCAGAAGGCCCUCAAAUUUCUUUCUGGCAAUUGUCUCACUUCCAUAAAUGUUCCACCGAGUUCCCAGAGAUUGGCUGUGAAAUGUUCUCGAAUGAUAUGUCGCGCUCUGCAUCCACGGUCUCGCUAUCGAUUCUUGUUGUGAUCGAGAUGCUGAACGCGAUGAACGCCCUCUCGUCCAGCGAAUCGCUCCUCACGUUUGGUCUCUGGAAUAAUAUGAUGCUCGUCUAUGCCAUCAUUCUCUCGAUGACUCUUCACUUUGCGAUUCUAUAUAUCCCCUUCUUGCAAGGACUCUUCGCAAUCCUUCCUCUGGACUGGACAGAAUGGAAAGCCGUCCUGGCAAUCAGUGCCCCUGUCGUCGUCAUCGAUGAAAUUCUGAAGGUAGUAGAGCGUCGCUUGUAUAACACUACCGUGACGGCUCCUGUGAAGGAGAACGGAGCCAUAUUAAAGCCGAAGAAGGCAUAGAGUUGGGUUGAGGAAGUAUUGGUUUCAGUGCCAAAUGCGUCUCUGAUUAGAUAUAGACGUUGGCCCCUGAGAAGUGGCCAUUCUUACCUCUUUGGACAAGUUACGCAUGUAUGUAUCAUGGUAGAUGAAUAUUUCGAGAAAUAUGUCUCGAGUUCGGGUCAAGCACCGAGUUAUAGUUUGGCCAUUGGAAUA